GCCGUUGACCAGCCACCAUGGACAGCCUGCUCGCCUUCUCCCGCCGCCGGCGCCGCUGGAUCCUCCUCGCCGCGCUGGGCACGGUGUCCGCCUACGGGGCGUACAAGAUCUACCACCACCCAUCCGUCGCCGCGCGCCGCCGCCGCCUCGCCCGCCUCGCCGCGGCGCUCGCGGCCUUCCUCGACGCCGCCGCGUCCUCCGCCGACGCGGCGGCCCUCGUCUCCUCCGACCUCGCCGGCUUCGUCCGCUCCGACGCCGACCAGCUCCCCCGCAGCGUCGCGCAGCUCGCCAAGCUCGCCGCCUCCCGCGAGGUCUCCUCCACCGUCUCCGCGCUCUCCCAGGCCGUCGCGGCGGGGGUCCUCCGCGCCGUCGGGUCCACCUCCGACUCCGACCCCGGCUCGCCCGACAAAAUCCCCCUCGCCGAUCGCCUCGUCGACAAGCUCUUCUCCGAAUCCGGCGAGCGGCUCAUGUCCGCCGUCGCCGGGAGCUUCGCGCGCCAGCUCGUAGUCGGGUUCUACUCCGCCCCGUCCCCUCCCGGGGAGGAGACUUCCUCGCCGCCGAAUUGGGUCAACGUGGUUGCGACCGGGAAGGGCCAGAAAGCGAUAAGCAGCUGGCUCGAGGUCCUCGUCGGCACCGCCGUGGGGGUCUUCAUUGAGAAGACCAUACACAUCAACACCUACCAGCAGCUCUUCGAAGGGCUCACCAAUCCAGCCCACGACGCCAAGGUCAGGGAAUUGCUUGUAUCGGUGUGCAACGGGGCGGUGGAGACCGUGGUGAAGACCUCUCACCAAGUCAUGUCCAACGCCAACGCUGACGCCAAACUGGAUGACAAGAGUAAUGACAGUGGCAAAGGCAGUGGCAGGAGUGGAGGUGGCGAAGGCUGGGUGGACACGGUCUCGACCACCUUGGCGGUGCCGAGCAACAGGAAGCUUGUGCUUGACGUUACCGGGAGGGUCACAUUUGAGACGGUGAGGUCGUUUCUCGAGUUUGUGCUGUGGAAGCUGCACGACGGGGCGAGGAAGAGCGGGGACACUAUGUUCGACAGCGGACUGCGCGCCAUGAGGUAUAUGAGCGAUAAGUCCAUGCUUGUCGCCACUAUCUGCAUAUCACUCUGCUUGCAUGUGUUGAAUGGAUCUCGACUCUUGGUUACGGCUUGAACGUGCAGGCGACAGAGUGGGGGGAUUUUUUUGGCUUGUAUUACGCUGUUGAUGUAUGAUUGUAGGUAAAAGAAUUACUGAAAAUGUAUAUUAAAAAAAACCAAAAAAAAAGAGCUGAAGGGAGGUGACCUGGUUGCAGGAUUUAAUCGUGCCAUGUGUUUAUGGCUGUUAUUCAUGGCUGUAGUGGGAGUGGUUGAUUGUUGUGCCUUUGGGAAUUGCGGGAUUAUUUGGAUGGAAAUGUGUUGUAUUGGAAUGUGUACCACUGUAGCAUUUUUUAUCAACAUGAAAUUGCUGGUAUCAUCAAUGUCAUAAGAUUUUCUGGUUGGUACACCAAAUCGACUUGUAUUGUAUCA